UACUUGGGGGAUUCUCCUCUCGCACCUGCUCAGUCAUCUGCGCUGUCGUCCAAGAAUGGCCGCUGCUGCAGCAGGAAUAAACAAGCAGGGCGCCCUAGCGACGAUGGAGCCCUGCAUCAGACACGGGAGGGGGGCUCACGGAGGCAACGUCAAGGUGCUGGAGUGUGGUGUGUGUGAGGAUGUCUUCUCUCUGCAGGGGGACAAGGUCCCUCGUCUGCUGCUCUGUGGGCACACAGUGUGCCAUGAUUGCCUCACCCGGCUGCCUCUCCAUGGAAGAGCGGUCCGCUGUCCCUUCGACAGACAGGUCACUGAGCUGGGUGACUCUGGAGUUUGGGGUCUGAAGAAGAACUUUGCUUUGCUUGAGCUCUUGGAGCGUCUCCAGAAUGGAGCCAGCAACCAGUCAGGAAUGGCAGAGGAUGUUCUGAAAGGCAUGGGAGAAUGUAUAAUCCGGUGUGAUGAGGAUGAGAGCCACACGGCCUCCAUGUACUGCACCGUGUGUGCCACCCACCUGUGUGCCGAGUGCUCCCAGCACACCCACUCCACCCGGACGCUGGCCAAACACCGCCGGGUGCCGUUGGCGGACAAACCUCACGAGAAGACCCUCUGCCCGCAGCAUCAGGUCCACGCCAUCGAGUUUGUCUGCCUGGAGGAGGCCUGCCAGUCCGGGCCCCUCAUGUGCUGUGUGUGCAAGGAGUACGGCAAGCACCAGGGACACAAGCACACUGUUCUUGAGACUGAAGCGAAUCAGAUCCGGGCGUCCAUUUUGGACAUGGCCCACUGCAUUCGCUCCUUCACAGAUGAAGUGUCCGAGUACUCCAGGAAGCUGGUGGGCAUCGUGCAGCAAAUAGAGGGUGGAGAGCAGAUAGUAGAGGACGGAAUAGGCAUGGUGCACACUGAACAUGUCCCCGGCACAGCGGAGAGUGCGCGGUCCUGUGUGCGGGCGUACUUUGCAGACCUCCACGAGACCCUGUGCCGGCAGGAGGAGAUGGCGCUGAGCGUGGUGGACGCUCACGUCAGGGAGAGGCUGAUCUGGCUGAGGCAGCAGCAGGAGGACAUGACCAUCCUGCUGUCCCAGGUCUCCACCGCCUGCCUGCACUGCGAGAAGACUCUGCAGCAGGAUGACUGCAGGGUGGUGCUGUCUAAGCAGGAGAUCAACUGUUUGCUGGAGACGCUUCAGAAGCAGCAGCAUCAGUUCACAGAGCUGGCAGAUCACAUUCAGCUGGACGCUGGCAUCCCUGUCACCUUCACCAAGGACAACCGGGUCCACAUCGGCCCCAAGAUGGAGAUCCGUGUUGUAACUCUUGGGCUAGACGGAGCUGGUAAAACCACCAUCCUCUUCAAGCUCAAACAAGAUGAGUUCAUGCAACCCAUCCCCACUAUUGGUUUCAAUGUGGAGACGGUUGAAUAUAAGAACUUGAAAUUCACCAUCUGGGACGUGGGUGGCAAACAUAAGCUCAGACCGCUGUGGAAACACUAUUAUCUGAACACCCAAGCGGUGGUGUUUGUGAUUGACAGCUGCCACAGGGACAGACUGAUGGAGGCUCACAGCGAGUUGGCCAAACUACUGACGGAGAAGGAGCUGAGAGAUGCCUUGUUGCUCAUCUUUGCAAACAAACAGUUUGCAUGUCUGCAGGACGUCCCCGGGGUGGUGUCGGUGGAGGAGAUGACAGAGCUGCUGAGCCUCCACAAGCUGUGCUGUGGGCGGAGCUGGCACAUCCAGGGCUGCGACGCCCGCAGUGGGAUGGGUCUCCACGAGGGGCUGGACUGGCUCUCCAGACAGCUGGUGGCUGCCGGGGUCCUGGACGUCGCCUAAAUGUAAAACAUCUAUUCUGGCCCAAACUGACUCUCCCCUAACAACCGAACCCUAACCCCCCCCAGCCUUUGCUCAAUUCCAAAUAUUAACUCCUCAGACUGCGGCUUUAAGCCUCCUCAUCUUCCCCUCUUUGUGCCCCAAUGUGGGCAAAGGAAAUAAAGAUGUAAAUACUUUCUCUCACUUCACUGAAUCAGAACGGAAACUACAAAACCCUCCUAGCCUGAGAAAUAAACUCACUUUCCCCCAAAACCUGAAUUAAAACUCCCAUCAUGCUUCUUCUCUAAGGCAGCUUACACGGUCCAGCACAUUGCUUACUGUUCUUUGUUCAAACCUUUUUUCUAUUAACCAGCUGUUUAUCUGGCACCUAUAGCUAGCUGAUUUUAGUCCAGUGUUAAUAAUGCUCCUUGUGCCCUGACAGUGAACUCUGUGUUUUCUAUCUCAAGCUAUUCAUCAUAACCACCUCCAUGUGUGACAGUAAUCCCGACUAAAUGCAAAGUAGUCUGUAUUUGUAGUGAUCGUAUACCUUCUGUUGAUUCAGUAUACUCCUGAGAAAUAACUUUAGCUACAUUCAGCAUAUUUGCAGGUGAGAUGGGACAGACAUGUUCAAUAUGACUUCCAGUGGCUUCAAACAGGUCAAAUGUUCAGUUUGGCUCUUUUCUCACUUUGCCUUGACACAUGUUAGCAAUAGUGGUUGAUGUUUCAUGGGGUCUGUGUUUUUUUUUUUAAGUGUACUGUUUGAACCUAUUUAAUUCCACAGCUGUUCUUGUUUUCUGUUACAGAACGAACUGUUUACUGAACUUAUUUAUGAGCGGGAAUGUUACUUUGAUAUGAGGCUUUAGGGAGAAACUCAGUUUUAUGCACCGAUUCUGCCUCCGUUUUGUGGAGUCUCGCACCCAGAAUGUGUUGAAUACACUCGUUUGCUGCAUCACUACCAUUUUUUAUUUGGAAGCAAAUUAACCAUCUGCCGUUUCGUAGUAGACUUGAGUUUUAAUCUCACUGAAAAUAUCUAUUCAAACAUCUCACAAGUCCUGUUUAUUAGUGUUUCAGAGUGCUUCAGAGAUGGUACAUCUUUUAAUCAGCAGCCUUCAGUAAUAAAUGUAAUGUGAAGCCUAACACUCACACUUGUCUCGGUAUUAGGGACCCAUCAUUGGACUUUGAUUUAAUCUUUAUUCAUUGCUAUGUAAUGUUAACAUGUACCUAUAUAUAAAAAUACUAAUAAAGAAAAAAAAUGCACGUGUUAAAAAAGCCUUUCUGCAGUUUGUGAAAACAUUUCCAUUUGUUUUUGAACAUAGAAGCACAAGGCACAUCAAACCUUUGUUACAGUGGACUUGAUAAUGGCUUUUGUAAAUGAUUCAUAAUGUGUUGCUGUUAAAUAAACUAAUUGACCUUA